CGAACUGGAAAAAUUAACAGGAUGAAAUUGUGUGUCAACAGUAUUUACCUUUUCCUGGGAUGUAUCUUUUUAUCAGAACUAGCAAAUACUGCAUCAAUUCAGAGGCCGUCGAGAAGUGAAUGCAACAAAAAAGAGACGUUUUUCAAAAGAAAGAAUGUUUACACCUACCAUUAUACUAUCACAACCUCAAGCUUCUUUGCUGGCGUGUCUGAUUCAAAAUCAGGAUCACAAAUUGCAUGUAGUGUGACAUUUAAAGUACCCCGCUAUUGCGAAGUUCUAAUGCAGAUUUCAGAUUGUAGUCUCAAAGAGAAAAAGUCUGGCACUGAGGACUGGUAUGAAGAUGUUUUGAGAGCAGAUGGAUUCCUUCAGGAUCUUGAAAGAUAUGAACUUUAUUUCCAAACAAGCAAUGGCCUGAUCCUCAAUAACAGUAUUGUCGCUGACAAUGGUGAGAGUGUCACCUCCCUGAACAUUAAACGAGGCAUUCUGUCGGCCGUUGAGUUCCAGAUACUUGAGGCUGACCAAUAUGAGAAACCUUUACAGGAGGCUGACAUAUUUGGAACAUGUCAAACCAAAUACACAUUCUCAAGUGACAAGAUGAACACAAUCCACACUCAUCGAAAUCUCCGGGAAUGCUCCAUUCCUCAGGUCUUCAAGAAGCAAUUUACGAACCCUGCAUCUCUUAUACGACCUCUUGCUGGUGGCUACACAGAGGAGCCAAUUUCUGAGAUGAUCUACCCAUUUGUGUCGGAGAUUGGAUGUGACUACAGACUGGACAAUGACGAGCAACUGAACCAUGUGACGUGUGAACAGAUCCAGUAUUUCAAACCUCUGGCACAUACUAGCCAGGAGGGGGAAAUAAACACUGCUUAUGUUCAAGUCAGCCAAGAUCUGAAGCUGGUCAGCUCCGUGGAAGAGUCCUUACCGAGACCAGAUGAGAGCCUCAAUGGACGCUCAAUCAUCAAUAUAAAAUUUGAUUUCGCUGGUGGAGACAUGCAGACAUUUUCAGAGUCAGAGGUUUCAGCUGCAUUUCAGAAUCUGUUGUCAGAGUAUGAAAAUGGAGGAUAUACAUACAAGAAUGUUCCUGCAAGUUUUGAGCAACUCGUCUAUAAAUUUCGCCACACGACCAGUGAUGUUUUGGAAGCCCUCCGACCCUCUGCCGACCAACAGGUUAACCUUAACUUUUACCUGGAUGGUCUAAACAGCUGUGGCAGUGAGGCGUGUAUGCGCAGUGUAGUUUCGACCCUAAAGGCGGGUGGUGUGGACUGGGUCCAUGAACUCAUGUUUAUUGGCAGUCUCACCCAUCUCCCUGAUGUACCCGAGACUGUGGUGUCCCCUCUCUAUGAUUAUAUCUCCUCCCAGAAGAAAAAUGUCUUGAUGCCGAUGGGUACCAUUCUUAGUCACCAGAAACACUCAAAAAAUGUGCCACUCACUGCUGACCUUACUCUUGGGAGAGUGCUAGAGGAUAUAUUGGCCAAGUUGGAGGAACAGUGUGACACAGACACACCACUGACCGCUCACAGGGAGCUCCGCAUAGCAAUAAAGACCCUAGAAAACAUAGGGCGAGACCAUGCGAUACAAUAUGUCCUAGAAAAUUACCAAGAACGUCCGUUCCUAACGGCUGUGCUACAGUGCCUUAUCAACAAAAAUGUGCCUGUCUCUGCUAGAAGGGACGUUGUUCAGUUGUUCGAUUCCACCAGCCCCCUGCUCAGUUACAAAGGCACACCUGAUGCUAUGCGCGACAUUCUUUUUACCAUUCUUGACGACCGGAGAGAGGAUAUUACAUUACGAGCCUUAACAUUUACCACUCUGGCAAAAACUACGGAUUUAGACAUUGUAAGGAGGCUAAUGAAAAAAGUCACUGAGAAGGAUGAUGUCGAGCAGCUGUUGGCUUAUAUGGUUUCAAACAUUAGAACGCUGUUGGAGGGUAGUACCCCUGAAAUGGCUAACGUAACAGCAGCAUGGACAUCGGUCUUUCAACAAAACCCAGUAAACUUUGAUAUACCAGAUGCCUAUAGCCCCAAAACUUCAAAAACUAUUGAUCUUUCGGGAUUUUUGAAACAUGGGCUGUCCGAGAUGUUUGGAGGUAACCUGUACGUGGACAUUGUGUACGACCCCGCGUUCAACAUCCUCUCAAUGAUGCGACUCUCCCUGAACUAUCACAUCAGGGACCACAAGUACAACAUUGCAGAAGUCACAUUGGAUAUUAAAGGAUUUGACUUGCUAAUGGAUGUGAUUAUGAGAAAGACUGAUAUGACCCUAUCUGACCUCUAUGCCCUUUACAAGAUGGCCCAAGGUCAAGGUCAUGCACAGGGCAGCAGUCAGGGAGAGGAGAAAGUGGCCAAGUUUCAGAGGAAUAUUAUCAAAGCAGUGAAUGCGAUCAUAGACAAGGUUAACCAUCCUGGAAUGAACUUUGACCUUGGUGUGAAUUUAAAAUUGAAAGGUAAAAAUAUUGUGUUUGCAAGCCUGCAGGAGCUUAUCGCCAUGGUUCGAGAAGCUAAAAAUCCGCAGAGUGGACAGCCAUUUUCUCCAGAGAAAUUCCUCCACCAACUAAUGGCAGGAAUGGAUGUCUUUAAACGUUUCAAGAACAUAGAGUGGAUAAGUUUGCAGAAGAUUCUGCCGACAUGUGCCGGGCUGCCCAUGAACAUGUCUGUAAGCGUUGCAGGCUUCAACAAGAUCGACAUUGACCUUCAGUCCAACCUCGCUUUGUUCAUGGGAAAAGUAAGCCCUAAUGUAGAAGCAACAUCAAGUCAAAGUGUUAUAUAUGCAACCACAAUGACUGGACAACUGACCAUUCCCAUUGGUGGGUCAACUCACAGUUCAGGCUUACAGAUGAGGAUAGGGCUUAACUCUGAACGUGGGGCCCGCAUGCGAGUAAAGUACGGGUACGAUGAUCUAAUCGUCAAAACGGCAAACCCUACAAAGGAAAAGAUAGAGUUUUAUUUGCAGCCAAUACUAAUGAGCGGGGAUAGUAAAACUUCUGAGCAGCUCCUGCAUGCUGAUGGAAGGAUGUUCCUUUUACAUCACUCUGGACAUGAAGAACUGAGCAGAGAGGCAGCAUUUGAAAAAACUUACACCAGAUGCCUGGACUCUAAGAAAUCCUUGCUGUUAGGGCGGUCCUUCUGUGUUGUCGCCAAAUAUCCUGAUGUGAAGGCGUCAGAUAACCACGCAUACUUCCCAUUGUCUGGGCCAUUUGACAUGGCUGUCACCAUGGAAGUUGUUGAUAAAGUUGGAUGGUAUGAGCUGCGCUUUGAGUACUUUGUGGAGCAAGAGACUGGUGGUGCUUUAGUUGACAAUCUACAGUUUACACACACAGGGAAAGGUGACAUGAUGUCCAGGCUUUUCAACAUUCACAUAAAAUUCAACAGACAGAAUAGAUCCUUGACAGUUGACUCUGCAUUUCCGGAGAUUGAAUGGAAUUACCAAGGCGACUGGACCUCUUACCAUUCUGACACACUCUAUGAAUACUACUACAAGGAUUUAAUAUCUGUGAAAGAUCACCCCUAUCUUGGAAUCAUACUUAAGAAAUAUAUCUACCUGGAUGGUAAAGACCGGCAGUAUAUAUUCAACAUCACCCACCCAUCAUUUGGAGUUGAUGUAAGGGCCGAGAUGCAUGCUGAAAACAUGGAAGACAGUCUGUUAUCUAAAAAUAUGGAUCUCUCGUUCACCUAUUAUUGUUCCCAGACGUUGCCAUUCAUGUACAUGCUGCACCUUGAUGCCCUAGCAGCCAUGAGAAAUGGGGACAAAACCACUCUACAACUCUCUCGUAGCAAGCAGAACACUGGAUCUAUGUUAACCAAUAUUCAGUAUUAUGAACACACAGUGAACAUAGAGUCAACUACUGAAUACAGCCCAGGCAAUACACAAAGACACCAUGUCAUCACAUACGAAGCUGAUGGUGUUCAGAAAACGAUGACUGUACAGGGUAACAUAUUAUCAUCUAAAGAUGGUGCGACAGUCACCUACAACGGGGUUAUGGAUAUGACAGGAGAAGAUUUUACCAUACAUGUUAAAAGCUCUGUGGCAAUAGAGGAGAGACUUUCUUUUAGCCUGACCAGCGAAAUUGAUUAUGUGAAUAAUGAGUCGUCAAGGAAGAAAAGAUCUCUGUCAAGUAUAUAUGACAAGUUUGACUCAGUGGAAAAGGCCUCAAAUGAAGAGGAAGUGGCUGUUAGGAGCCAGGAUGGGGAUCAAGCUAACCCCACAGAGAUUGAGGUAGAGAAGACACCUGACAGACCAAACUUACCUAAACCUCCUCCAGUACCUGUCAUACCCAGCAUUUGGGAUCUACCGGCAUGGCAGACCAAGUUGACCAUAAACCAUGUUGUGAAGCCCAUAUUUCACUCUGAGAAAGCCUUACCCGGGGCUCUAGAGUUUGUGACUGAUGUUACCUUGAAGAAUCCUUGGAAUGCGGGUUACAGAAAUUUUGAAGCACAGUUGGUUUUCGGAUAUCAAAUCCACACGACCUUCAAGAAUUUCCAUUUCUGGUCACAUGGUGAUGGCAAUGUGACCUACACUUCCCUCAGUGGUGCCCCAACGCCAGACACAGAUGGUUCCCCUCUUCUAGAACAUUACUGCGGCAACUUUAACAUACACAGAGUUGCUUCAAAGACAUUUGAUUUUGCUUGGGAGCAUAGUGACCCAAGUCUAGAGUAUGAGUUUGUUGUUGGGUUUGACUGGGAUGCCUACACCCAUCAUAAACCCCUGUACUUUGUGAGGGCUCAUAUGGAGAAUAAGCUGGUCCCCUUUUUUACCUUCAAUUAUCGAGAGCAAUUUCUGAAUGAGGAGAAUCACAAGAAACACUCACUUGCCUUCAACCACGCAAUCUUCAAUAUCACCAUGGAUACGGACUAUAUGAUCAAACCAUUACAGUUCACAAAUAAUGGAUCUGUAUCACUACAAGUGUUUGGGAAAGGUGGUGGGUUUUCAUUUGAGAAUAAGUUACAGCGUAUACCGGGGGCCCCUGUACAGGCUCCGCCCAUGUUGGUUUGUGAAAUACGUCCAAACUCACAGCCUGUUGCCUUGGUCUACUCAUUCAUGUUCACCGGACCCAUGACAGUGCAGAUGAAGUCAUCCAUGAUAAUGCCAGGUGCAAAAUUUCCAGUACUUUUGUGGACGAUGGAGUUUAAACCAGUUGGGUCCAGUAUUGUUUUCAUAAAAGUAAGUUGGGAGCCAUCAUUUGACCAGAAAGUCCUGGAGAAUACCCAGCAGAGGCCUCUUCUGUACUCAAGGUUGGUCAGUGCCGUGGCUGACCAUGUGCGUGGAGAAAUUAACAAGCCAAUCAUGGAGAAGAACUUGCCCUUCACAGAAAUGAGCUUGAGUACAGUAGCCAAAACCGUGCUGGGACCAUAUGUGUUCAAAACCGUGAUGGGUGUGACAAUGAUUUCCCAAAAUAUGAUUCCCCUCAAAUAUAGACUGGUUCCGGGCCAGAUAUCCGGGCCACCUGCUAGACUUGCGCUGUUUUUUAAAUUGUUGCAAGAACAGGGUGCGCGCAAAAAAGAAGCUCACCCGGCCAUGAAAGCAUUUGAGAUGGCCCACUUCUUGGCUCUGAAAACCUUUAGCAAGGCAUACCUGGUCUGGGUGUCAAAUCUGGUCAGAGGGCCUAAAAUGAAGGAAGUUCUAGACAAACGAUCAUACACCGUCGCAUUUGACAUGCAUGUCAAUCUGAUGAAACAAGGAUUGAAGGAAUCAACAAAGCAGAUUUGGGGCACAUUGUCGUACAACCUUGCAAAGGUUAAACCUAUUUUUGUGGAAAGAAAACAACCCCCAGCUCUUCCCAUUGCCAUGGUGACAAGGCAUCAUGAUGGGUCUGGAGAUUGGAUAGUUCAAACUUAUAAGGACCGUUUCUUGUCCAUCCCAGCCAUGAAGGCCAAGGAAUGCACAUAUCUGUUGUUGGCAGAUGCCAGCAGACGACAAUAUUCCCUAGUACUCUCCCCUGUUGGUGUGACUGUGGUGACUCCAGAAACAAGCAUUUCUAUUGGCUGGGAUAAAAGAGUCACUGUCGACAAUUGUAAACUUGAAAGGAAAGACGGAAAGAUCACAAGUGGAGGUUUAACAGUUGUGACCAAUGAUGACCUUAUCACCCUGACUACAAACUUUGGUCUGAAAGUGUUUUGUGAUAGGUUGGAUGUUGAUUCAUGCCAUUUCUACAUGACUGCAAAAAGAAAUUCUACGAUUGGUCUCUUUGGCAUUAAUGAUGGUUCAAAAUACACAGACAUGCGUCUGCUGAAUGGGCAGAUAACCUCUGACACAGGCUCCCUGCUUGCAGCUUAUGCAGUGGCUGGCCCAUCAUCUUGCUAUGAACAGGGAACCAAUCAGCAGCCAGAUUGUGAGCCCAAGGGUGCAUGCAGCACAGAUCAACCCUGUCCAUAUGGACCUCCUGAACUCUGCUUUGAUACUAUGAAAGCCAUGAGCAGCUGUUCGAUGGAUGAUCUUGAGGCUGUGUGUAAGGCAACUCCAUGCUCAGAUGGGGAUGACAAAGUGUGCAAGGUUGUGGCUAAUCUGGUCAGAAAGUGUAAGAUUCAAUUACAGAUUGCCGAAGAGUUUAUGCCACAAGAAGAGUGCUGGCUACCUCAGGCUCUAGAGUCCUUCACAAGCUCCAAGACUGGACCUCUCGAUAUUGUCUUUGUUCUUUCUCAGCACCUGAGCAUGGACAUGUCUGAUGUUGCUAAAGAUAGCGCCCCCUACAAGUACCUGCUUGGUCUGCUACUGACCCAGACAGAUGGAUGGGAGGAGUUUUCAGAUGUUCGUCUCGGUAUAGUGACAUUUGGAGGUGAUGCCAAAGAGGGUAGAUAUGAUCCAGCCGUAUUGCAGAGUGGAGAUGACAGUGGUGGAAAUGGAUACUUCAUUGAUCGAGAGGAUUACGGGUUUGAAAACCUAGCAAAUGUGUGGGCCGAUGGCGACAAACUUUCUGAUGGGUUUGAGGCACUACGGCUGGCAGCUCAGUUCCCCUUCCGCCCCACCGCACACAAGAUUGCUGUGCUCAUCAUGACCAAGGAACAGAGUUCAGGCAGUUCGGAUGACUUGAACACUCUAUCUAGUGCACUGACAGAUCAGGGAAUCGUGCUAAAUGUGUUCUCAACUUAUGCCAAAACAUCGAGCCGUAGAAUUAUGGGAAUCAACUGGGAAGAGAACAUAAUUACGAAACAAGAUGGCUACCAGGACAUAAAGGACAUGCCAAAUAAUGACUAUGUGAUACUGAUAAAGGAGACUAAGGGCGCUCUCUGGGACCUGAAUGUCGUGAAGAAUGGGAGGGAUAAACAGUUGAACCGGGUUGUUGAUGAAUUUGUAGCCCAGACCAGGAGGGAUAAUGCAGAAUACUGCCCUGCAGCUUAGUGACUUUGUUUUAAAAAUGACCAGAAAAGACUGGUGUUGUCUUGUUCAUAAGAAUUGACUUACCUGUGCAUGCAAUUUCUAUUAAAAGUCGCAGCAGUUAACUACACAUUUAAUCAAACAAGCGCUAUAUUAAAAUACACAAUUAAGUAUGUUUUGACUAAAUGAUAGUAAAGUUGUUUCAUUACUCAAUGAUUCUUUGUCCCAGAGACAAGGCCUGAAUUUAUCAAACAAUCUUUAGUCCCUUAUAACAAGAUCAAGGUAACCACACUCAUUUUGUUUUAGUAUAAAUCUUAUUUUUUUAAAGAUUUCUGAGACUUUUAAAGGAAUUGAUUUUAAAGAUUCCCUGAUUGUUAACAUGUGUUAGAGUUUAUUAAUCAAGUUUAAGAAAGUUAUUUAUCUAAAUGAAACCUGUUA